AUGAGGUCACUGGGCAUCGUCGCUACGUCUUUGCCGCAUCUAAGCCUCGGGACACAAGGCCCAGAACACAUCGGACGAAGAGUUGAUGAUCCGUGCAGCAAAGCACUGAAGCUAGCCGAAGCUCUCUCAAAUAUCAUUACCGCCACAAGCAGUCACUUCGUAGGCACACGAUAUGAGUAUGGACCAAAGAGGCCACCGCUGCGUCCGCAACAGCCGCGCCGGAGAACUACCGGAGGCGCCGCUGGACGAAUUACACGCAACGCUUUCUCAUACUUUUACACAACGCCAGACUUGGACCCCGAUCGCUACAAUCCUGAUCGUCGUGGACGAACUUCUCGCGACACUUCGAGCAUCAAGAGCACUUCAAGUGGCAAAGAUUCCGAAAGCAAUACGGAGGAAUACAGUGCAUUCCCAAAACUGCAGAAGCGACUACUUAUAACAUUAAUCGCUUUCGCAGGGUCAAUUUCCGGACUCUCAUCCAACAUAUAUUUCCCCUCGCAAAAUGCUAUCGCCAGGGAUCUCAACGUUUCCAUUCAACAAGUCAACCUCACGAUCACAUCUUACCUGGUCAUCCAAGGCAUUGCGCCGCUGAUUUGGGGUCCAUUGUCUGACACUAUCGGGCGACGGCCGAUCUACCUAGCGUCCUUCAGCAUCUACGUGAUAUCGAACAUAGCACUUAGCUUCACGCCAAACUACGCCGUCCUCGUGAUCUUCAGGGCAGUGCAGGCCGCAGGCGCCGCAUCGACGGCCAGCAUCGGGAACGGCGUCCUCCAGGAUAUUUGUCCUAUCUCGGAGCGAGGAGGCUACAUAAGCUUCUACCAGGCCGUGCGGAACUUCGCGGUUGCCUUUGGCCCCGUCUUGGGCGGCAUAUUCGCGCAGUUCCUGGGGUUCCGCGCCAUAUUCAUGUUCCUGCUCGGGCUCUCCGCGGCGAUCACUAUCCUCAUCGCUAUGUUCCUGCCCGAGACAAUGCGCAGCCUGGCUGGGAAUGGCUCAUGGCGAUUAAAGGGCCCGAUCUACCAGUCGUUGUGGCGCAUGAUUCGACCACCCAAGUACAUGCGAGACCCAGACGAGAAACCUAGCAGGAAGAAGGUUACACUGGCCACUUUUGGGGGUCCAUUCAAGUUACUUGUUCGCAAGGAGGUUGCUUUCAAUGUCUACUUUUUCGGCCUCAUAUACGCCGUGUGGAGCAUGGUCACUUCGAGCACGACGAACCUGUUCGCUACUGAUUUUGGCCUCAACGAGUUGCAGCUGGGACUUAUAUACCUGCCAAAUGGUAUUGGCACCGUUGUUGGAUCAGCAGUAAUUGGGAAACUGUUGAACCGUGACUUUGCCGCCGCUUCACAGGCCUACAAGAUGGCUCACGACUUGCCGGACUCUCACGAGCUCUCCCCUAAGAAGAUUCCGGUCGACUUUCCGGUCGAGCGACUUCGCUUGCGCCGAUUACCGUGGGCCUUGGCCCUAUUCGUCUUCACCCUCGCUGGAUACGGCUUCUCUUUAUCUUUUCCCGCCGUGUAUCGCCGACCCGGUUGGAUCGCCCUACCACUGACGCUGCAGUUCCUUAUUGCGGCUUCGGCAAAUGCGAUGUUCUCUAUAAAUCAGACCUUGGUGGCCGACCUCUGUCCCGGGAAAGGCGCGAGCAGCACCGGGAUAAACAAUCUGGUGCAGGAGCAACGUAUUUGGGAUUAG